AUGCCUUUUCCUAUUGAAACUAAAUCUUUAGACAAAGUUGCUUGUAAAACGUUGUUUGAAACCUACAGUUCAAUUUUACACGACGAUUCUCCAGAAAUUUGGAUAAGUGAGGAAGAAAUUUGGCGACGACGAAUAGUUGGUAAAAAUAUUCGAAACGCCCUUGAUGCCCUCUGUAUUUGUAAUACAGAUGCAUUUCCAAAUGUUUAUAAAAUUUUACGUGUAAUGUCAGUUUUGCCUGUAACUACAACGACUAAUGAAAGGUCAUUUUCAACAUUACGUCGGCUGAAAACUUACCUUCGAUCAACAAUGGGUGAAGAUCGCUUAAAUGGACUGGCAUCAUUGAAUAUACAUCGAGAUAUAAACAUGGACAUAAACCAAACAUUGAAUGAAUUCUUUUCUAUUCCUCGUCGAGUAAAUUUAUUAAAAAAAUGA